AUGGCAGCGGAAAAUGGCGAGUCGUCGGGAACAAGUGCCGCCGCCGGGCCCACCGAGCUGACGAGCCGCGACUACUACUUCGACUCGUAUGCCCACUUCGGGAUCCACGAGGAGAUGCUGAAGGAUGAGGUCCGCACCACCACCUACCGCAACUCCAUCUACCACAACAAGCACCUCUUCAAGGACAAGGUGGUCAUGGAUGUCGGAUCUGGAACCGGCAUCCUUUCCAUGUUCGCCGCCACCGCCGGGGCCAAGAAGGUCUUCGCCAUCGAGUUCUCCGCCAUGGCCAUCCAAUCACGCCAAAUUGUCAAGGACAACAACCUCGAUCACAUCGUUGAAGUGAUUCAAGCCAAACUCGAGGACAUCACCGAGUUGCCUGGCGGAUACGAGAAGGUGGACGUGAUCAUCUCUGAGUGGAUGGGAUAUUGCCUAUUCUACGAGUCGAUGCUCAACACGGUGCUCAUAGCGCGCGACAAGUGGCUGGCCCCAGGCGGAUCGCUCUUCCCGGACAAGGCCAAACUGUUCGUCUGCGGCAUCGAGGACCGCCAGUACAAGGACGACAAGAUCUUCUGGUGGAACAACGUUUACGGCUUCAAGAUGGGUGCCAUUGGCCGCGUGGCAAUCCGCGAGCCACUCGUUGAUGUGGUCGACUACGCGCAAGUGGCCACCAACAACUACAUGCUGAAGGAAAUCGACCUGUACACCGUGCAGCUCGAGGACCUCGCAUGGACGACGGAAUUCCAGUUGAACUGCACUCGGAAUGACUACAUCCAGGCCCUCGUCACUUUCUUCACGGUCGAGUUCUCAAAGUCGCACAAGCGCCUCGGCUUCAGCACCGGCCCCGACUGCCAAUACACUCACUGGAAGCAGACCGUCUUCUACCUGUACGACGCGAUGACGGUGAAGAAGGGCGAGACCGUGAAGGGCACCUUCUCCAUGGCACCCAACGCGAAGAAUCCCCGCGAUCUCGACAUGACCAUCGAUGUCGACUUCGACGGCGAGCUGUCGAACCUUCACGAGAAGAACACAUACACCAUGCAU